UGUAGCAGAGCAGAGCAAAGCAAGAGGAGCUGGAGCGGAGAGGAACGCAGGAACACGGUAGAUUGAUCGGGAAAACAAAACAAAACUCAACAACAAGAACAACAACUUUUGGUCUUUAACCCAUAAAGUCUAUUGGUUUAACUGCUGCAUAGUUUUGAAGCAGGCAGGGUUUAUUCCCUUUUUCCUUGCAAACUUUUCACGCGCUUGCUUGGUUAGUAGUCACAGAGUUCACUUUUUAGGCGCUUUUAUAAAGUCGGUUGAAUGUAUAAUAUGAUGGAAACCGAGCUAAAAAGUCCCCUGCCGCCGCAGUCCACUGCGGGCUCGGGUCCGGGUGGGAAGAGCGGCGGCGGCGGCGGGAGCGAGCAGGACCGUGUGAAGCGGCCGAUGAACGCGUUCAUGGUGUGGUCCCGCGGCCAGCGCAGGAAGAUGGCUCAGGAGAACCCCAAGAUGCACAACUCGGAGAUCAGCAAGCGCCUGGGCGCAGACUGGAAACUGCUCACCGACGCUGAAAAGCGGCCGUUUAUUGACGAGGCGAAGCGCCUGCGCGCCAUGCACAUGAAGGAGCAUCCGGAUUACAAAUACCGGCCGCGGCGCAAAACCAAGACCCUGCUGAAGAAAGACAAGUACUCACUACCCGGUGGGCUCUUGGCUCCUGGUGCGGGCGCAGUAAACAGCGCCAUGUCCGUGGGCCACCAGCGCAUGGACGGUUACGCGCACGUGGCCAACGGCUGGACGAACGGCGCGUACUCGCUGGUUCAGGAACAGCUGGCCUACCCGCAGCACCACAGCAUGAGCAGCCCACCACCUCUGCAACAGAUGCACCGCUACGACAUGACAGCGGGUCUGCAGUACCCAAUGAUGUCCACAGCGCAGACGUACAUGAGCGCGGCGUCCACGUACAGCGGCGUGUCGUACGCGCAACAGAGCCCGGGCGCUGUGGGCCUCGGCUCGGUGUGUAAAACAGAGCCCAGCUCGCCACCACCAGCCAUCGCGUCACACUCACAGCGCGCCUGCCUCGGAGACCUGAGGGACAUGAUCAGCAUGUACCUGCCGCCCGGAGGAGACAGUGCUGAUCACAACACACUCCAGAGCAGCCGCUUACACAGCGUCCAUCCGCACUACCAGAGCGCAGGGUCCGGGGUCAACAGCACACUGCCCCUAACCCACAUUUAACACACUCCCUCAGGUUUCAGGGCCGAAAGAGUGAAGGAAACACCGGCCCUGAAAUCCAUCGAAGAGACUUGUGUUUUAGGGACAACAGAGUUGACAUCCUGAAUACCACACUUAACAGACAUCUUUUAGGGGUUCUGAUCAAAGGGGUGGGGGGUUAAAAUAGGACUAAGUACUUCGGAUACUUGAACAUUUAUAAUUUGGAAUAAAAAAGAGGGGGAAAAAAAUCCCAGUUCAGUUUUUAAAAAAAGAAAGAAAAGAAUGAGUUGAAGGUUUAUGACACAUCAUCAACUGGGUUGCUUUCAGUUUAGACCUGCAUUGCAAACCAACCUUCCUUUUUCCCCCCCCUUUUUAAUAUCAUAAGCUGACGCAAUCAACGUGUGUACAGGAAAAUCGGACUUGUGAUUGGAAACGCAGUCAGAUUUUCUUUUCUGUCUGUGAAAAAAAGACACGUGGCUUCAUGAAGAGGCUGUUGUAAUUUCAGAAGAAGAAGAAGAGAAAAAAAAUACCGGAGGAAGAGUAUGUUUGCUCAUUUUAAUGUUUACACUUUGUUUGUAGAAUGUCAGUUUUGUUGGCUGUGUCCAAACCUGCGUAGUUGAUUUGUUUUUUGUUUUUUUUUUCCUGCAUUUUAUUUCUGCAUUAGUUCUACACUGAAAUGAAAUAACUGUGCUGGUCGCGAGCGCAAAGUUUGUUUUAUUUAUAGUAAUUUUUUUUCUUUCAUUUUUAAGUUGGUGAACCAUAGCCUUUAUGUCUCGUGGUUGAAUUUUCGUUUCAGUUUGUUUGUUUGUUUGUUUGUUUGUUUGUUUGUUUGUGUGAAGCUUGAUUUCUGUGAUGUUUUUACAGUAUGAGUUUUAACCCAUUUUUGUGGGAAGGAGAGUUUUAUUUAAAGUGGCGUUUGUGCUUAUUUUAAGACCAUGCUCUAUUCUCAA